AUGACUCUGCUCGCCGAAGACAUAGAGCUCUUCCUGACCUGUUGCAAGUUUUACAGCUGCUGCAGAAGGCGGAACUCAGAACGAAUCACAGCAGCCAAGAACUCCAAAAAAUUGAGUGCAAAGCAGCGACAUGACUACGGAAAACCUGACUUUCAUUUGGCGCAUGACGGUUGUGCUAUGAACGAGAGUUUCGAUCACCUGGACGUCAUGGCUCGGGUGCCAGUUUUGGCAGAGAGCGAAGAUAUGGAGUCCGAGGGCACAGAUUUUGAAGAAUCCGAAGUCUCCUCUCCCAUCGUCGUCGAUCGAUAUGGGUUUAGUGGGGGCCAGCAGUACACUGAUCCCACCAAAGAAUUUCUUCCUCCUAUCGAUGUGUUGCGUUCACGCGAGAUGAAAUGGCUGGAUAUGUGUCGUAACUGGGACUACUGGUCUACUACGGGGAUAAAAAAAUUGCGAGAGCGUUGUCGCAAGGGCAUUCCGGAUUCCAUGCGUGGUGAGGCCUGGCAACGUCUGGUGGGUAGCGCAACCACCAAGUUCGAACAGACCAAAGCCUACAUCGCCGAACCCAUUGAACUGCAGGAUCGAGCUGUGUCCCCACUGCGCAGGUUCUUUGGCAGUUCUUCUCGUCUCAGCGGUUCUCGUAGCCUCCCUACUGUGGUCACCAAUUCGCCCAGCACCGGUAGGAGCCGGGUUCUUGAGGCCUCGCUCUUCUAUAUCCCCGAAUUUCUUUACCAUCGACAAGCGGUGCCGCCACGGAGUUUACCACCGUUAAUACCUCAUUCUGCUGUCCCCAACGCUCCAUCUAGUCCCUCGGUCCGCCGCACCAACUUUUCGCGUCAUAAGGCGUCCAACCAGUUCAAGUCUUUCCGCAAGUUUAGCUCCCUCUUUCGCCUCAACUCCAUCACCGCUACUGUCUCUACAGUUGCCGUUGACUCCGUCGCCUCUGCUGACACUGGCAAUGAGGCAUCGGUCCUCCAGCUGAUGGACACGGAGGAGACGGAUGCGUCGAACUUUUUCCAGCGUGGUGAAGCGCUCGUCAGUCCCGAAGGGAGUGGGGAGCGUUCGCGCACCUACAGUGCCGCCCUGCCCUCCGCCGCCUACCUUGGUAUCGCCAUUAGCAACAAUAACGGCGGUGAGGCUGGUGGUGGGGACGAGGGUGGGGGUGGAGGGAGGGGUGGCGGUCCAAAACCCAGUGAUAGCACCACCACCACUACCUCUACAGGCGUCUCAAUGGACGCCUACUCUCUCACCAACUCGAGUAACUUCUUUUCAGUCGCUGAGAGCUCGGCUGAGAGUUUGCGGGCUUCAGGUGCAGCCGACUCCUCUCUCAACUCGCCCGCCUUGGCGCUGCACAGCCGUCUUUUCCUCGAUGACGGGUGCGGUGGUGAGGCCUCCCCCAUCUCUUCACGAUUCUCCACCCUCUCCUCCACAAACCGCUCCUCCGACGGCAUCGACGUGGACGCGGACAAUACUGGUGACAGCUCCUCCCCACCCCUCUCCCUCCUCAUGCUACGUGAUCAGCACAUCCUCGGAGCCUCCUCCGCUGCUGCCGCAAAGGAGCGUGAGGCGACUCUGGUAGCACCAGCUUCCUCCUCCCCACCCGAUCCUUACGUGCUCUACGCCUCUUAUGCAGCCCGGGAAGGCGAUCCGGCGACAUGCGACCAGAUACGCAAGGACAUUCAUCGCCAAUUCCCCUUCCAUGAACUCUUCUGCUCCAAAAAUAGUUGCGGACGUGAAAGCCUCUUCUCCAUUUUGAAGGCCUACACUAUUCGGCAUCCCAACAAAGGUUACUGUCAGGGUCAGGCACCGCUGGCAGCAGUUCUGCUCAUGUUUAUGCCUGAGGUGGAGGCUUUCUGGACCUUCACGGAAAUCUGUGAACGCUAUCUUGUCUCCUACUACGACGAGGGUCUGGAACUCGUUCAGAUUGAUGGCCAGAUUUUAUACGGUCUUCUCAAACGCCUCUUUCCGCAAAUUCACAAAUUCCUGAUGAAGCAUGGGGCCGAACCGAUUAUGCUGGUGGUGGAGUGGUUCAUGUGCGUCUACACUCGUACACUUCCAUGGGCAUCUGCUCUUCGGGUCCUCGACAUGUUCUUCUGUGAAGGCAAAAUAAUAAUCUUCAAGGUGGGCCUGCUAUUACUCUAUCGAUGUUUCAACAGUUCCACCUUCCGCAAAUCCUGCAGCGGGAUCGACGAGAUUCUUCUUCAAGUGCAGACCGUCCCCUCUCAGCUGGACAACCCCGAGGAGUUGAUCCAUGAUAUCCUACAGAUCCGUAUUGACCGUCGUCAGGUGGCGCGUGAAGUGAUGAAGCAGAGUCAACGAUGGCGAGCCCGAAUGAGUGGGAUACUCGAAAAGUCUAACGAGAGGUGA